UGACACUGACAAACGUCAAACGUUUUACACACGAUUUGUUUACCAUUUCUGUUCAGCGUGUACAAAGAUUUCAGAUCAGUCUCAUAAAAGUUAACAUUUGUACGCAUUUGGUUCGCAACAAAAUGUCAGACAAACGCACUAUUUACGUUGGAGGCCUAGCUGAUGAAGUUACAGAAAAAUUGAUCAACGAUGCGUUCAUUCCGUUCGGCGAUAUCUCUGAUAUCCAGAUGCCGGUUGAUUAUGAGUCCCAGAAACACAGAGGAUUUGCAUUUAUCGAAUACGAAACCGCUGAAGAUGCUGCGGCAGCUAUCGAUAACAUGAACGACGCCGAGCUGAUGGGUCGCACUGUUCGUGUUAAUAUUGCUAAGCCUCAACGAAUCAAAGAAGGAAGCAUACGCCCAGUAUGGGCUGAAGAUGAUUGGUUGCAGAAGCAUUCCGGUGCAACGUUAGGAAAAGAAAGUGAAAAGACAGAGAAUGGUCACGAUAACGGCGACGAAACAAAAGCCAGCGACGAAAAGGAUGAAAAUGGUGAACCCGUCGAACCGGCAAAAGAAGUGCAAAAAACUCGUAAUCCUCAAGUGUACUUCGAUAUUCGGAUCGGCAGCAGUGACGUUGGACGCAUUGUGAUGCUACUUCGAGCGGAUGUGGUUCCAAAAACAGCGGAAAACUUCAGAAGUUUGUGCACACAUGAACAAGGAUUCGGCUAUAAAGGCAGUACAUUCCAUCGUGUUAUUCCCGAAUUCAUGUGCCAAGGUGGCGAUUUUACAAAUAACAAUGGCACCGGCGGAAAAUCAAUUUACGGGAAAAAAUUUGCCGACGAAAACUUCAUACUGAAACACAACAACUUCGGUACGCUAUCAAUGGCUAAUUCCGGCCCAAAUUCCAAUGGAUCACAGUUCUUCAUCACCACUGCCAAAACGGAUUGGUUGGAUGCAAAGCACGUCGUAUUCGGACAUGUUAUAAGUGGUGCUGAUGUAGUGCGAAAAAUGGAGAAAUGCGGCACAAAGAGCGGGGCACCGACACAAAAAGUGACAAUUUAUUCCUGUGGCGAAUUAAAGUAAUUUGAGUUUUAUCGACAAAAGAAUAGUUUGUUUUCAGUGAAAUUUUGUUGGUUUUGAUUUCGAAAUAUAAUUUUUGAACAAAAAAAACCUGUGAA